AUGGGCAGAGGGCGUUGGGGAAUCACGCGAGGGCGUUGGGGAGAUGGGUCACGGCGAGGGCGUUGGGAGGGUCAUGGCGAAGAUGGGUCACGGCGAGGGCGUUGGGAGAUGGGUCACGGGGCGAGGCGGUUGGGGAUGGGUCACGGCGAGGGCGUUGGGGAGAUGGGUCACGGCAGGGCGUUGGGGAUGGGUCACGGCGAGGCGUUGGAGGAGAUGGGUCACGGCGAGGGCGUGGGAAGGAUGGUCACGGCGAGGGCGUUGGGGAGAUGGGACGGCGAGGGCGUUGGGGAGAUGGGUCACGGCGAGGGCGUUGGGGAGAUGGGUCACGGCGAGGGCGUUGGGGAGAUGGGUCACGGCGAGGGCGUUGGGGAGAUGGGUCACGGCGAGGGCGUUGGGGAGAUGGGUCACGGCGAGGGCGUUUGGGGAGAAAUGGGUCACGGCGAGGCGUUGGAGAAUGGGUCAGGCGAGGGCGUUGGCGGAGAUGGGUCAGGCGAGGGCGUUGGGGAGAUACGGCACGUUGGGAGGAUGGGUCACGGCGAGGGCGUUGGGAUGGUCACGGCGAUGGGCACGGCGAGGGCGUUGGGGAUGACGGGAGAUGGGUCACGGCGUUGGCACGCGAGGCGCGUUCACGGCGGAGAUGGGGCGAGGGCGUCACGGCGAGGGCGUUGGGGAGAUGGUCACGGUCACGGCGAGGGCGUUGGGAGAUGGGUCACGGCGAGGGCGUUGGGGGAUGGUCCGAGGGUUGGGUUGGUCACGUUGGGAGAUGGGUCACGUUGGGGAGAUGGUCACGGCGAGGGCGUUGGGGAGAUGGUCACGGCGAGGGCGUUGGGAGAUGGGUCACGGCGAGGGCGUUUGGGGAGAUGGGGCGAUCACGGCGAGGGCGUUGGGAGAUGGGUCACGCGAGGCGUUGGGGAAUUCACGGGCGAGGCGUGGGGAUGGUCACGCGAGCGUUGGGAGAUAGGUCACGGCGAGGGCGUUGGGGAGAUAGGUCACGUUUGGUCACGGGCGAGGGCGUUGGGAGAUAUUGGGGAGCACGGCGAGAGGCAGUGCAAGAGGGAAUGA